AUGUCACCUUGUUCCACAGGAAACCCUACUUCCCAAACAGUGGCUUCAUUAACAAACUCAAUAUCAAUCUCUAUUUUUGUGUUGCUUUUGAUCACCUCAAGUGCCCAGUGUCAUGCAGCUUACAGCGGCAGAGGCCGCCAUUCCAGAAUGGUGAGAAAAUAUUUAGCUCCUCACAAUGCCGCACGCGCAGCAGUGAGAAUGCCCCUGCUACGCUGGGAUUCAAGGCUUGAAAAUUACGCAAGAUGGUCUGCGUAUCAGCGGAGGUAUGAUUGCGCGUUGCAACAUUCGAAUGGAUCGUACGGGGAGAAUAUUUUCUGGGGAAGCGGCAAUGAUUGGAAGCCGGCGCAGGCGGUGGCUGCAUGGCUGUCGGAGAAGAUUUGGUAUGAUUAUUGGUCGAAUUCCUGCGUUGGGGGAAAUGACUGUGGUCAUUAUACACAGAUUGUUUGGGGUAGGACCAGUAGAAUUGGGUGCGCCAGAGUGGUUUGUGUGGGUGGUCAAGGCGUUUUCAUCACUUGUAACUAUGAUCCUCCUGGAACGAGCGACACUUGCUUGGCAGAGGCGCCUUACACUUCAGCUCUUGUUCUUGAAAAAGUUCCAAAAGGCUACACAGUGUCCAUGUCGACUUGUGCAAAGUAUGCAGACCAACUUGUGCACGGAAGAAACACAACUGGAACAUAUGUAAGUGAAGUGCACGGCUGGACCUUGCUUGACGUGGUUGGAAUGCUUCUUGGCAUGAUGGAGCACGCCUGGAAUGAUGAAGUGAAGAGCACGGCUAGAAGGAUGUUGCCAUAG